AUGAAAAGUCUUCGAAGAUAUCACAUCAUAAUCAUCAGUCACGCCAUUUCUGUCAAAGUUUCAACACAAGAAGCCAGUUGUUGGACAUGUGUGACUAAUUCACAAACAUUCAGUAAUCAAAGUCAAAAUCAGCGAAGAAAACUUUUGCUCCGCUUACCUUUAAUCGCAAUGUCAUUAAUGUGUCACGAGUUGAGCAGGAAGAGCUACGCAAAAUGUUGGAAAACCUUUUUUCUUCUCUCCAGCAACAAACGACUUCAUUUGACGAUUCAACAUCGAUGGCUUGCUUUCAUAAUUGCGAAAAUUCCUGAAGCGGUCAGUCUUCAACCAGGUUUCGUUCUCUUUCAAGACAUAAGUAUUCUGAUCGCUUUGGUGCCGUAUGGCGGAUGGGAAAAGCAGCUUAUCUUAGGAUACAAUCUCGACAAAUUAAAGAUUAAGCACAGCACAAUGAGACCUUCAAUUGCAUUCACUUCUUUUGCACUUCUUUCCAAUUGCUAUGAAUUCGUUGCAUGUUGA